AUAGCGUCACCCUUAGUGGGAACUAACACCGAGUAACGAGUUUGGCUGCCAUGUUUGUUCCGCGAUCUGUAACUAGAAGGGUAGAUUACCACCUUUCACAUAAGUCAAACCCCAUCUCCACUGAAAAUUCAAACUUAAGAAAAAUAGAGAUAAUUGAUGAACGGAAAUCGGUUACGAACCCAAGUCCAAUACCCGUGAAAAGUGAUGAUUCAGGAGCCUUUACAGACCCUUUCGCGUUCUACCUAAAAGAAACUUUCGCCGAAGAUAUUAGCAAAGAUGAUAUGGACAAAGGAGAAGGUGAAAAAGAAGAAAAAGUGAUUUCGUAUAGUAAAAAUCAGAGGUGGCCAACACUUGGAGAACCGGUGUGCGUGAUUUGUGGGCGAUAUGGAGCCUACAUUGUGGACCAAACAGACGGAGACGUCUGCAGUUUGGAAUGCAAAGCAAGACACUUAAAUUGCACAUCGGCAAAGAAAGAUGAAGAGUUGUUGGACAGCACGGCUGAAAGCGGAGGAGCAUUGAGAAUGAAAGCUUUCUCAAACAAGUUACAACUUCAAUACAACGAAAAUCCGGUCAUAGCAAAGUUAUCAGUGAGCAAGGUUGAUGAUAUUCGAGAGGCUCUAAACAUUAGGGUGAGGGGGAAUAAUGUAAGCAAACCUAUUCUAGAAUUUAAGCAUUGCCAACUGACUGAAACUCUAGGAAGUAACUUGGUUCGCUGUGGAUACGCUACUCCAACUCCAGUUCAAAUGCAAGUUAUCCCGGUGAGCCUUUGUUCCCGAGACUUAUUGGUCUGUGCACACACUGGUUCAGGAAAGACAGCAGCAUUUUUAGUACCAAUUAUUCAGAGGAUAUACGCAGAAGUUGAGUUUUUGUUCAAUGCAAAAAGAUUGUCGAACAAUCCUUUUGGUGUGAUAAUGUCUCCAACAAGAGAGCUUUGUACGCAAAUAGAGAAGCAAGCAAAGGAACUGAUGCAGGGCCUACCAAACAUGAAAACAGCAUUACUGGUUGGUGGAAUGCCAAUUCCUCCACAGCUUCAUCGUCUUUCUUCAGGUGUACAGAUUAUUGUGGCUACCCCAGGAAGGAUGAGGGAAAUAGUUAACACAGAGUCUAGUGUUGAUCUUUCUUCUGUCAAGGUUUUUGUCCUGGAUGAGGUGGACAUUAUGUUGCAAAUGGGAUUUGAGCAACAGGUUCAAGAAGUAAUUGACAAAUUGCCAGCAGAGAAGCAAACGUUAAUGUUCUCAGCAACAGUUUCAACUUCUAUUGAAAUUGUAGCUGACAAGCUGCUUGUCAAUCCAGUGUAUGUCUCUGUUGGUUCACCUAGUGAACCAAAUGCUUCCGUGAAACAGAUUGUGCUGUGGGUAGAGGAACAAUUGAAGAAAAAACACCUGUUUUCUCUUCUUCAAGACCCCAAGCACUUCAUGCCUCCUGUUGUCGUAUUUGUGAAUUCUAAGAUUGGAGCUGAUCUGCUUGCAGAGGCAAUACAGAAGAUUUGCAAUAUUUGCUGCUUGUCAAUACAUGGAGACAAGUCACAGAAAGAAAGGAGUAAGAGAUUAGAGUUGUUUCUUGGUGGUGAAUGUCCUGUUCUUGUAUGCACUUCCCUGCUGGGAAGGGGAAUGGAUCUUCCCAAAGUUAGACAGGUGAUUAACUUUGACAUGCCAUCCUCUAUUGAGGAAUAUGUUCAUCAAGUAGGACGAGCAAGCAGGUUAGGAUCCACUGGCUGGGCAUUAACGUUUGUCAACAAUACAAAUAAACUUGUUUUUUUGGACUUAGUGGAGACUUUACGGCCAUUAGGGGUUAAUUUCCCUGAUGAGCUCCUUAAUUCACCUUACUUUCAUCAACAAAAACAGCGUGACAAAGUAUUUUCUAGAAAACGAAAACAUAAGCAUACUGUAGUAACACAACAAAGUCUCAUGGAAUUGAUUAGCGAUCAUUCAAAAAGAAGAAAGAAGGUCCCUUAAUCCUUAGUGCAAGCGGUUGGAAGAAUCUUUUUCCUGUAAGAUUGAGAUGGAUGUGUGUAAUUUUACCUCGUAAGUAAUAAACCUACCUACUCUUAUCUCAGAAAAAUAAGUUUAGUUACUUGUCUUCCACAUUUGUAGCCGAAAAAUGUUGGUGCGUUCUUCCUUUAAACUUCGAAAAUGUCAGCCUCUGUCCUGAAUAGUGUUAGCGGUCUGUGACGGAAUGAUCGACCAAUCAUAGCGCGUGUAGCUCUAUAAUCACUUGUGCAAUUGUGCCUACUUCAUAUAAUCACCUUGAGUUGGCUAAAACCCUCUAUAGAUCUCAACACUAAGUUGAGAUUGGAGGCUAAAUCAGACUUUGAUAAAGAUUGCUUCAAAAUGAAGAACAACUCAGUAUUUAGGAAGACGAUGUAAAACAUAUGUAUAGUAGUAGAUGAUGUAAGGCUGGUAAACAAUCGGAAGAAAGCUGAGAAGCUUACAAGCAAGGUUCGAUGAAAAUCUGAUUGAAGUAUACAUGAAAAAGACUAAAGGUUUCUUCAACAAGCCAGAAUGUCUUGGAAUCUGCAUUCUAGACCUGAGAAAAACGUUUAUGUUUGAUUUACAUUACAAUUAUAUGAAAGACAAGUAUGGAGAUAGAACAGAACUACUCUUCAUAGAUACGGACUUGUUAAUGUACUGAUAAAAACAGAAUGCUUUUACGCUGACAUAGCUAGUGAUGCAGAGUCAAAUUUUGAUACCUCUAACUUUUUAAAAGACGAUAGAACAUACUUUACAGAAAACAAGAAAGUAAUCGUUGUGAUGUAAGAUGAAACAGGUGGAAAGCAAAUAGUCGAGGUCGUUGGUUUAAGAGCCAAGCUUUACAACUACAGAACUGAUGAGUAUGAAGAUAAGAAAUGUACUGUAAUGGAAUAAUCGUACGGCCAAAGUUCUGUUUAAUAUCGUGACAAAGCAAUUUUCACGAUGGAUUUUGAUAUUUCCACUUGUAAUUCUUACAUUGUGGCUCUCCAUCUCCUCUGUAACUUCACCCGUGAAUUCUCGUUCGGGAUUUACGCACAGAACGUUCAGUCAGCGUAAAGACCCACGCUUGUUUAUUCUUUAAUAAGCUUUGGAGACUUCUUGAGAGGUUCAACUGCUCUGUUCCUGCUGGCAAUAUCAACAGUCAAUGCAUAUGUGAAAAAUUACAACUUCUUUAAGUUUCCUUGUUAGCAACUGCUUGUCUUUUGAUUCACUUAAAACAUUUUCAGAACUUCGAAACAAAAUUUUACUUUUACGACUCUUAUCUGAUAGCUAAUCCUUUAACUUAUCUAAGGAAUUGUCCUAGAACUUAUUUAAGUCACCUAUGUAUGGUUUUCAUUAGACUUAGCCUCAUCAAUCGCCGAAUUCUUCUUUUCACACUCUUUCUUGCUAAAAUGAGAGCUGCACUGACAACAGCCAUCUGCUUUCUAUAACUCAAAAUCAAUC